AUGACUUGUUCAUGCCGCCGGCAGACUAGAAGGAGCAGCUUCAUCCUCGACUCCGCCCUCGCCACCUCCCCCUCCCUCGGCUACCCUCCUCAGGCCGCAUUUGGUUGGGGCUGCUUCGGGAUGGGUUUCGGGUGGAAGGCGCGCGGAGGACCCGGAGCCGGGGCGGUGCCGGCGGACAGACGUAACACGACAUUUUAUGCAUGUUGCCACCCGCUGCACCUGCACGGCUUCAACUUCUUCGUCGUCGGCCAGGGGUCUGGGAACUACGACCCGGCUCGCGACCCGGCCAGGUUCAACCUCGUCGACCCCGUCGAGCGCAACACCGUCGGCGUCCCCGCCGGCGGCUGGGUCGCCAUCCGCUUCUGUGCAGACAACCCAGGUGUAUGGUUCAUGCAUUGCCACUUGGAGGUGCACAUGAGCUGGGGACUGAAGAUGGCGUGGCUGGUGCUGGACGGCAGCUGUCCGGAGCAGAAGCUCCCGCCGCCGCCGACGGAUCUCCCGAAAUGCUAGACGUGAACCAGUACUGGUGGUGAUGGAAGAAGAUUGAAUUGGUUGUUUCAUUGCCUCCGCCAGUCCCUGACAUUGUUAUCCACAACAACCUUUAACUGCGCUUCGAUCGUGUUUGCUCUCGCGACCGUGUCCAGCAAGUUGGUCGGGAUGCUUUCUUAUAGUGAUGUGUUUUUCCCCUGUUAAUUGA